AUGACGCAGCCGGGGCCCGCGCCAAGCAACGCCGGACGCGCUGACGUCGCCGGGGCGGCAAAACGUCCGCCCGGGCCCGAGGCGGGCGGAGGCAGCUGUGGUUACGUGCGGGGGGCCGGUGACGCAGUCGCGGGGCGCUGGGACGCGGCGUGCGGAGCCGGCCGGCGGGGGCAGGCCCCAGGGCCCGGGCGCGGCGGCGGGACGGCACCUACCUUCCCGGCUUCAGGUCCGGGAGUGCGGGGCGCGGAGCCGCCGGAGCGCUGCCUCCCUCCUUCCUCCUCCCCCCGCCCCCGCCCCGCGGCGCGACACACAAUACUCGCCGGAAGCGGAAGCCGCGCCGAGAGGCUCGUGUCAGCGGGAGCCGGGGUGUCGGCCGGCCGCCGCGGGAAGGUCGAGCGGUCCUCGCGGGAGAAGGAGGAGGCGCGGGGCCAGAGGCGAGAGGCGGCCGGAGGAGGCACGAGCGAGAAGGGACCCCGAGGGGCAGGUGGCUGGAAUGUGGGCGUCCCGGUGACCGCAGGAAUCCUCCGGAGAAAGAGGGCCGCGCAUGCGCCUGGUUGGGCGCUGAAGCCCCAUGGCCCGCAGGGCGCCGCUGGGCGCCGGGGCAGCGGGCUGGCCCCCCGGGCUGCGGGGCCUGGCUCCGGCCACGCUUGCUGGCCCCGCGUGGGUCCGUGAGCCGCGCGGGAUAGGUCACACACAGAGAGAGAGAGAGAGAGAGGCAGAGACACAGGCAGAGGGAGAAGCAGGCUCCAUGCACCGGGAGCCCGACGUGGGACUCGAUCACGGGUCUCCAGGAUCGCGCCCUGGGUCAAAGGCAGGCGCCAAACCGCUGCGCCACCCAGGGAUCCCGGUACAGGGAUUUAGAAUCAUGCAUACUAAAUAAAAUCGGUCUGCUUGCUCUUAUUUUCUGGUAGCCAAUGAUUUGAAGACGAUUAAACUUGGGAAAAUUACAUUUACCUUUUUUCUCAUUGUUAUUUGACUGUUAGGAAUUUUAGUGGUAAAAUUUAGUUUACAAAAUGCCUCAAUUCUAAGAUAGGGUGGUUUGAAAGCCGCUGACGGGGGUCCGGGGGUGGCCAGCCUCUUCAGCUUUGCUUUGGAGGGAGGAUAAUAAUGGUGGUGAGGUUUGGUUCUGGUUUUGAUUUGUUCGUUCGUAACUAGCAUUCCAUUCUGGCUUUUUAUCUGUAGGUGACCAUUCCCAGGAGGAAGUGCACUUCAAAGGUCUAUGAAGAAUGUGUUUACCUGGAGACUGAUUAUUAACAAGACUUUAUGUUGAAUAUGGAAGGAAAGAUAAGGGAAUGUUUAGGUAAAACAAUAUAAUUAUGUAGGGUGUGUACUAUGACAUAGAAUAGGGGGUUGCCAAACCUUUCCUGUAAAGAACCUGAUAAGCUGCAUUUCCCUCUUUGAGGCCCAUACUCUCCCUCUGUAUUUAUAAUGUGAAAACAGUGUUAGACAAUACCAAAGGAAUCAGACAUUGCUUUGUUAAUAAAACUUUCUGUAUGGACACAAA